AUGAGUUCCGGAGUGAAUGUACACGCUGACUGCCAGACCACGUUCCAGCAGUUGUCCGAAGGGAAGCGCACUCUCCGUUACAUCAUCUACAAGAUCGAAGGCAAGGAUGUUGUUGUGGAGUCAGCGGUUGCUCCAGAUCAGGUAUGUCGGAAGUAUUCGUACUACGUUAUCCUUGAUGUUUAGCUUGGUGUUACGGGGGAUGACCACGACGAGAACUCCAAGACUGCUUACGAACAGUUUGUCAAGGACUUGAAGGAAAGAACUGAGAACUACGAGGACUGCAGAUACGCCGUCUUCGAUUUCAAAUUCACCUGUCCCCGUCCUGGAGCUGGUAUUUCUAAGGUGGACAAGAUUAUCUUCAUCCAAGUGAGUUGUCGGAACUUUUAUUGAACUGGAUUUAGCUCUGCCCCGAUGGUGCUUCCAUUAAAAAGAAGAUGGUGUACGCUUCAUCUGCUUCGGCCAUCAAACAGGCCCUUGGAACCGCCAAGUUCCUCCAGAUUCAGGUGAAUAGAAUAAUAUUUGGUUUAUAAUCAUUGGUUUAGGCUAGUGACGAAUCGGAAAUCUCCCAUUCCGAGAUCCUCAACUCCCUGCUCAAUAAGUUCAGAGACAACUGA